AUGGCCUCGCUGCCUGAGAACUCUCGUCAGGCCUCCACUGACCUCCAGGAGAACUUUUCAGCUCACUCGGAUUAUUACAUUGGCAUUGAUGUUGGAACUAGCAGUGCCCGUGCCUGUAUCAUGAACGCCAAGGGAGACAUUGUGGGCCUGGCCCACCAGAACAUUGGUCUCUGGCAACCAGAACACGGCUACUAUGAACAAUCCACUACCGAUACUUGGAGUAGCGUCUGCAUUGCCGUACAGCGAGCCAUUCACGAGAACAACAUCGGCCCCGAUACAGUACGCGGCAUUGGAUUUGAUGCAACAUGUUCCCUAGCUGUUUUCAAUCACGAAACCAAUGAGCCAGUUUCAGUGACAGGGCCCAACUUUGAUACGGACCGCAACAUCAUUCUCUGGCUGGAUCACCGCCCGGUCGACGAGGCCGCCAAAAUCAAUUUCAUUAACCACCCUUUGCUUCGAUAUGUCGGGGGUACGAUUUCAGCUGAGAUGGAGAUUCCCAAGGUUCUGUGGCUGAAAAAUCACAUGCCUGAGAAGCUAUUCGAUAAAUGCAGUUUUUAUGACUUGGCAGAUGCCCUCACACAUAUUGCUACUGGAGGCGAGAAACAGCGCCUCUGCAGUGAGGGUAUCAAACACGCAUAUGUACCUGUCGGUGCCGAUGGGAGCGUGAAGGGAUGGGACAUUGAUUUUCUGCACGGUAUUGGUCUAGCUGAAUUGGCCGAGGACAAUUUCAAGCGUAUGGGCGGAGUUGAUAAGGUAAAUGGUGACUAUCUCGGUGCUGGAGAGCUCGUUGGUUAUUUGUGCGAAAAGGCUGCAUCAGAUUUGGGUCUUCCGGCCGGAAUUCCGAUUGGCAGUGGCGUGAUCGAUGCAUAUGCCGGUUGGAUUGGCACCGUCGGCGCGAAAGCCAACUUGAGCCCAAACGAGUUGAAUGGUGAUGUGCCCAAGAAUGACAAAAUGCAGGCAUUUUCUCGUCUUGCUGCAGUCGCUGGAACCUCAACUUGCCAUUUGGUAAUGUCUCCGAAUCCUAUCUUUGUCAACGGUGUCUGGGGCCCAUAUUCAGACACUAUUAUUCCUGGAUAUUCCAUGUCUGAAGGUGGCCAAUCUGCGACGGGAGAGUUACUUCAACAUGUCAUCAAUACACACGCUGCCUUCGACCACGUCACCACUAUCGCCGAAUCCCACAAAUCCAAUAUCUAUGAGUAUCUAAAUCACCACCUGAAUAAAAUGAUGGAAGAGCAACAAGCCCCAUGCAUCGCAUACCUGGCACGUCACUUCUUUUUCUAUGGUGACCUAUGGGGCAACCGAUCCCCAAUUGCAGACCAGAGCAUGACCGGGUCCGUCAUCGGUCUAACAAGUGACAAGACCAUCAACGGACUCGCCAUCCAAUACUACGCAACCCUAGAAUUCAUCGCUCUCCAAACGAAGCAAAUUGUCGACACGAUGAACCAUGCAGGCCACAAAAUCAAAUCUAUUUUCAUGUCAGGCUCGCAGUGUCAGAAUGAGAUAUUAGUCAAUCUUAUCGCAUCGGCCUGUGACAUGCCCGUCAUAAUCCCACAAUAUAUUCACGCCGCCGUAUGCCAUGGCGCAGCUAUGCUGGGUGCAAAGGCCGCCAGCGCCGACAAGCAUGGUAAGACCGAGGACUUGUGGGCUAUUAUGGACCGGAUGAGCAAGCCUGGAAAGAAGGUGAUGCCAACAGUAGAGGUGAAGGAGAAGGCUCUCCUGAAAGCCAAAUACCAAGUCUUCUUAGAACAGUGCUUUAGGCAGCAAAAAUACCGUCAGCUGGUUAAUGAGGCCGUCGGUGACUGGGUCUCGACUUAG